AUGGCCGGGGCAGCCGCUGCGGGGAGCGGCCGGGCCGGGGCGGCGCUGUCGGCGCGCUCGCUGCUCUUCGACCUGCCGCCCGCGCUGCUGGGCGAGCUCUGCGCCGUGCUGGACAGCUGCGACGGCCCGCUGGGCUGGCGCGGCCUCGCGGAGCGGCUCUCCAGCAGCUGGCUGGACGUCCGCCACAUUGAAAAGUAUGUGGACCAAGGUAAAAGCGGAACAAGAGAACUGCUUUGGUCCUGGGCACAGAAGAACAAGACCAUCGGCGACCUCUUACAGAUUCUGCAGGAGAUGGGUCAUCAUCGGGCUAUCGAUUUAAUCACAAACCACGGAAUGGCCUUGAAACCUUCAGAGCAAAGUCAUCCAAGGGACGCCUUUCCAAAAUUUCCACCAAAGGAAACAGCACCCGUCACAGUGAAGAACGUUCUUCUUCCGGAGCGGAAUGACAAAGGAGUAUUGCUCAGAUCCUCCAUCAACUUUCAAGACAUCGUGGAAGGAACCAAAUGUUUUCACAAAGACUUCCUAAUUGGAGAAGGGGAGAUGUUUGAGGUAUUCAGAGUGGAGAUUCGAGACCGAGCCUAUGCCAUUAAAUUAUUUAAGCAGCUGAUCUAUAUCACUGCCGGCCUGGUCCCCUACGAUAAGAUGAUUCAAAGAGAAGGAAAUCUUUGGAGAGCAGUAGAUGGAAGACCACAGAGGUUUCAUCAUCCAAACAUAUUGGAGUUGGCUGCAUAUUUUACAGAGACCGAGAAGUCCUGCCUGGUUUAUCCGUAUAUGGGAAAUGGAUCACUUUUUGACAGAUUGCAGUGUGUGGGUCAGACGACCCCCCUCUCCUGGCACGUUCGAACUGGGAUAUUAAUCGGAACAUGCAGAGCCAUUCGGUACUUGCACAACGCCGAGCCAUGCUCCGUCAUCUGUGGCAGUAUCUCAAGUGCAAACAUACUUUUGGAUGAUCAGUUUCAGCCCAAACUUACUGAUUUUGCCAUGGCACACUUCCGGCCCCACCUCGAACAUCAGAGUUCUACCAUCAACAUGACCAGUAGCAGCAGUAAACAUCUGUGGUACAUGCCUGAGGAAUAUGUCAGGCAGGGCAAACUUUCCAUUAAAACGGAUGUCUACAGCUUCGGAAUCGUCAUAAUGGAAGUUCUGACAGGUUGUAAAGUGGUGAUAGAUGAUCCCAAACAUAUCCAGCUGAGGGAUCUCCUUAUGGAACUGAUGGAGAAGAGAGGCCUCGAUUCAUGUCUCUCCUUUCUAGAUAAGAAAGUAAAUCCCUGCCCUCGGAAUUUCUCCGCCAAGCUGUUCUCACUGGCCGGCCAGUGUGCUGCAACUCGGGCCAAAUUAAGGCCAAUGAUGGAUGAAGUCCUAAGUAUUCUUGAACGAACUCAGGCCAGCUUGUAUUUUGCGGACGAUCCUCCUACAUCACUCAAGUCCUUCCGGUGUCCGUCUCCACUUUUCUUGAAUAACAUCCCCAGUAUUCCCAUGGAAGACGAUGAGAGCCAGAAUAUCCACUCACUGCCUCCUGAUGUACACAAGAGGCAAGAGAGAGGGACGCAGAACAUUCCUUUGGAAUGCAGCCAGUCUGAAGUUACAUAUGUGGGCUUCGACAGGAUGCCCGGAAGCAAGAGAAACAAGGAUGCCUGCAGUGUGUCCAGUUCUGCGUGUGCAGGAAAUGUGCCCCCAAAACAUGGAGCUCCAUCCCAGGACUUUGCAGCCUCUGAUGCAGCUAUGGAUGCACCUUCAGACGUUAGAGGCGGUUCUCAUGGGAGCCGGUUGGAGACAACGUGUUCCUCUGCGUUUUCCUGGAAGGAAUUUGAACAACAGUAAUGGGAUGGAUCUCACCAGAGGGUAAAGAAUGGAGCUGGGGCAGCUGUCAGUACAUAUCAGCUUGGGUAGGGAUUAAUUUCCUCCAUUGGUAAUGCCCAGAAGACGAUGUGAUGGUAAGUUUGGGUGAUGCCGGUAAACAAUACAGACAAUUCUACUCUUUCCUUCCCAAUCUCCAAAACAGUGGCUGCAAAAAUCAUUUCAGCAGGAUAAUUGCCUGAUAAUGAAAUCCAAACCAAACUGGAGAGAACCAUUCAAAAGCAUUUGAGAUCCUGGGCUCUGACUUCAGACACACAGAAUACUCAAAUCCAAGUACCAAGGGUCUAAGCUCUCCUGUUUUUCCCCAGCCAACCAUCAAUGUCAGUCUCCCUCCUGUUGGAUUUACGAUCCGGCUUUGCUUGUUUGCCAAGUUCCCAGAGAGUGUCUCAUUUGGAAAUCGAUGCCUUUGGAAAAGAGUGACCGCUUUGCUUCUUUGGAUUGGCCCUUGGUGUCUGGCCAUGUGUGUCAAAGUCAGGCUCAGCCUGUGGUGAAACUGAAACACACUCACCACCAUUAAGUCCAUUCCGCCUCCUAGCGGCCCAUGGGACAGCGUCGACCUGCACCUGUGCGUUGCCGAGACGCUAGCUCUACGGGAAGGGCAGGGCUUGACUGUCUCCUGAGGCGUGGGCUGGUGGUCUAUAUUUUUUAAACUCUCAUGACAGUUUGGCACAUACAUACAGUUGUUUCUAGUCUUCUAACUUUAAUACCCUUAGAGACCUAUGACUUUCUUUUUCACUGAGUAAUCUUGUGUCCCCGAGAAACGGGCUACUCACGAGGGCCUUGGUCAGCUUUGGAUUUGGACUAGACUUUCCAGCACUGAGCCCCUGCCCAGAUUUGUCCUGCAGGGUUUCCUUUAGCAAUUCCUACUCAUUUCCCCAGGGCCCAGCAGAACCACCACACCACCCAGAAAGCUUUCCUAAUCGCUAGUCGGAACUAUCCCGGCGUCAAUAUUCCAAUACCCAAAACAUUGUUUUUCACAAAAAUGUU